AUGCAAGUUUGCAGGACUCGGUUGUCUCUGGCCUCCUCAUCGGAAGGUAAAAUAUUCUUCCCUCUCUCGAGACAACCCUCAAGAGAUCGUCUCUGGGUCAUAAUGACAGCGGGAGCCUUGCGAUUAAGAGAUCAGAAAAAGGGGUCUUUGACAACUGUGACAUGGCCUUUGAGUCGGCAGAAUUACCGACCUCUGGAAAGCUCAACUUGGCCUCUGGCAGUGUCGCAAGACGCGACAACAGACCAUUUUGUCACUGACUUGACUCACAUUUUUCCCAGUAAGCGCAUUUUUGCACAAUGUCAUUUGCCCAUAUACGCAUAUUUUGCUUGGCCCGGACAACUAAAUAACUCUACUUUUCCCAUUCGUUCUCUCGCUCGCCUGCUUUCCGUCAGGGCCAAAACCAAUUCUCAAAGAUUAACCGAAUUCCCGAAGUUUCCUGCGCCUGGGAGCCAAGACCUGGAGGGGUUGGGGCCGGCCCGAGGGGGGAGUGAAAGUAGCAAACUGUCGGACAGACCGAGGGGAAGCAAGAAUAUGAACGCUAGUGCGCUGUUGGCCGUGCGUUGA